AUGUGUGUUAUGGUAUCAUAUCGAGCCUCUGUAACGGAAGACGGCUUCCAGGUACGAUCUAUCGCCAUACUCUUGGAUUUUUUGGCCGUCGCUAUAGCUGCAUUCACCAAUAUAGUCUCCAUAGCUCAAGCAAUGGUCUUUAAGAGAAAAGAGGCACUCAAGUUGAAAUAUGAGAUCGACUACCUGCAGAAGCUUUAUGGUUACUCUACUCCCAAUGUAAUAUCAAUCUUACUAUCCGAAGCUCUACUAAUAGCGACUUUGGUGUAUGAUGCGGUAAUGUUCCGAGUGACUUUGGCUACUUGGUAUAUAUGGUUGCCAUGGCAUUUGAGCUGCAUCAUGACUUCUUACAACGUCCUCCUGAUCACAUCAUACGUCGAAGCCCUUUACUAUCCAUUCAAGAAAUGCAAUGAUCGUUUUUGGAAGAAAUGGAAGUUAUGUCAAAACCAAAAUAGACCACUGCCAUACCAAGAUUUCGAACAGUACAAGAGUGGUCAUGAAAGGGUUUGCAAUGUGGUGAAGCUAGUAAAUGACUGCUUUGGAGUACGGAGCUUACUCUUUAUCAUUACAAUUCAAGUGACCGGUAUAGUGUUUGCUUACCAGUUCACUGUCAGCAAGGCGGACUUUCAAAGUCAGACAAUCCUUAACCUUCUAGACUUCUUGACUGUAACAUUGUCGACCUCAGCAAAUAUCGCAUCAGUGAUGCAGUCGUUGAUUGUCAAAAGAAAACAUCUGUACAAGUUAAAGCAAGAGGUUGAAUAUCUGCAGAAGUGCUACAUGUACAAAAAUAGCAAUGUCAAGUCGACUUUGCUACCAGUAGCGCUUUUUAUAUCAAUUUUAAUAUUUGACGCAUUAGCAAUAGCGGUACCAAUACACAUAUGGAGACAUUGGAUGUUCUGGUACCUCAACAGUUUUAUGAGCACGAUCAACAUACUCCAGUCUAUCUCAUAUAUCGAAGCUCUCUAUUACGCCUUCAAGAAGUUCAAUGGUGAUAUUUGGAAGAGUUGGAUGUCAUGUCAUCUAUACCAGAGAUCCAUAUCCGGCAAGGAUUUCAAAUACUUCAAGCGCCACCACGAAAGAAUUUGUGAUACGGUGAAGCUGGUCAAUAUUUGUUUUGGAGUGCAGAUCUUUUUCUUUAUCAUGCUGGUUGAGUGUGCACUGAUUCGAGUAGCAUACCUGCCGUUAAAAUUGUAUCUCCAGGCACUACACGGGUCUGCACUUAUUAAGAUUACACUGGCCGCCGUUGGGUAUUCCUUGAGCUUUCUAGUCUUCGCAUGGCAGCUGGCGAGAUACUCCAUCAGAACAACAGCAGAAGCAAGGAAGCUCUCCCAGAUCAGUCACAACAUCCACAUGAGGCUUCCCAGCCGCCCUCAAAGUCAUCAAGAGAAAGCUAUGAAAGAACAGAUAAUGCUUCUAGCUGAACGUACCAACGAAAAAAGUGUCUGCUUUUCCACUAUCAUGUUUACUAUAGAUAAUUCUAUGCUGUUGAUGAUUUUCAACUCUGUAACUACAUACCUCAUAAUUUUAUUACAGUAUUGA